AUGAAUACAUUUAUGGAUUCUAGAGACAGUAACUCAUCAAAAGAAGAUGAAAGGUGUUUAGAUCCUCAGCUAUGGCAUGCUUGUGCAGGUGGAAUGGUUCAGAUGCCGGCGGUUAACAGUAAAGUGUAUUAUUUUCCUCAAGGUCAUGCUGAACAUGCAUGUGGACCUGUUAAUUUCAUGAAUUGUCCAAAGGUGGAGCCUUUGAUUCCAUGCAAAGUUUUUUCUGUUAAGUUCUUGGCUGAUCCUGAAACUGAUGAGGUUUAUGCUAAGGUUAAGCUUGUUCCUUUGAGUGGAAAUGGAAAUGGUGUAGAUUAUGACAAUGAUGUUGCUGGUGUUGAAAAUCAAGAUAAGCCGGCUUCGUUUGCGAAGACGUUGACACAAUCUGAUGCGAAUAAUGGUGGAGGAUUUUCUGUUCCUAGGUAUUGUGCGGAGACGAUUUUUCCGCGGUUGGAUUAUGCGGCGGAUCCUCCUCUUCAGAACAUUUUGGCUAAAGAUGUUCACGGCGAGACGUGGAAGUUUAGGCAUAUUUAUAGGGGGACGCCGAGGAGGCAUCUUUUGACUACAGGUUGGAGUACUUUUGUUAAUCACAAGAAGCUUCUUGCUGGUGAUUCGAUUGUGUUUUUGAGGGCGGAAAAUGGUGAUCUUUGUGUCGGGAUUCGACGGGCGAAGAAGGGUAUCGGUGGUGGACAUGAGGAUCCUUCAGGGUGGAAUCCUGUAGGAGAAAAGUUUCCUCUACCUUGGUUUGCACAGAAUGAGAAUCAAAUAAUGAGAAACAUUAACAACAACAAUGGUUUGAACUCGAGUGCGAAUGUGACGGGGAGGGAAAAAGUUAGGCCAGAAGCGGUCCUUGAAGCGGUAACUUUAGCUGCGAAUAAGCAACCGUUUGAGGUUGUUUACUACCCUCGCGCAAGUACACCGGAGUUUUGUGUUAAGGCGCAUUUAGUAGAGGCGGCAAUGCAGAUUCGGUGGUGUUCUGGAAUAAGAUUCAAGAUGCCAUUUGAAACCGAGGAUUCGUCUCGAAUAAGUUGGUUUAUGGGAAUUGUAUCUGGAGUUCAGUUUGUUGAUCCCCUUCUCUGGCCUAAUUCACCUUGGAGACUUCUUCAGGUUAAAUGGGAUGAACCAGAUUUACUGCAAAAUGUGAGAAGGGUGAGUCCAUGGUUGGUUGAAUUAGUAGCAAGCGUUCCAUCGAUAAACCUUUCACCUUUCUCGCAACCAAGGAAGAAAUUGAGAAUGUCGCCACACUCAGAUUUCCCCCUCGACGGGCAAAUUCCGAUGCCAACUUUUUCUAGUAACCUUCUAGGUACGAGCAACCUAUUUCGUUGUCUACCCGAAAAUACUCCUGCUGGCAUGCAGGGAGCCAGGCAUGCUCAUUACGGUCUUCCAAUAUCGGAUCUCCACCUCAAUAAAGUUCAGUCAGGUCUAUUUCCGGCCGGUUUCGUGCCUUUUGAUCAUGCUGCUAAACUACCUAAUGUCUCUAAUAACCUAAUGAUGCAAAAAUCUAGCAUGAGUGAGAAUGUCUCUUGCUUACUAUCUAUGGCAAGUUCUACUCAGUCUUCAAGGAAAUUCGAUGACGAGAAGAAACCUCAGCUUGUGCUUUUCGGCCAAAAAAUUCUAACUGAGCAACAGAUCUCUAAUGACCGUUCAUCUGAUGGAAAUGCCGAUAAAGUAAGUGAUUUUUCUGAUGGUUCGGGAACUCCUCUUCAUCAACAAAACUUACGAAAACGCUCCUCUUGUGAGACCGAGGCGAGUUUCGAGAGUACUGAUCACUGUAAAGUUUUUCUCGAAUCAGAAGAUGUCGGUCGAUCAAUUGAUCUAUCUUUACUUGAAUCUUACGAUGAACUGCACAGAAAACUCGCAGACAUGUUUGGCAUAGAAAAAUAUGAAAAGGUAAGCCGGGUGCUCUACCGGGAUAUAUCAGGAACAGUCAAACACAUCGGAGAUGAACCAUUCAGUAACUUCACAAGAACAGCAAGGAGAUUGACAAUUCUAAUGGACUCAAACCAAUAA